AGUUUUCAGAGCCAGGGUGUGUCAUCGGAUUACGUUCAUCAUACCUCUUUCACUCGCAUUCUAACCAGUGUGCGGGAUCUGAUAUUAUGCUAAAGACGCAGAUAUCUGAAAGUCGGGAUUUAUUGUGUAUCACAGCGAAUCCAAACGCUUUUGAUCGUGGGUAUUGCAAAACCUCCCGUUUUAGCGAUUCGCAUUUCCGAUUUAUUGUUCCAGAAACGCUUUGCGUGGUUUCACAAAGUGAUUCAUUAAUUAUUCUUCCAGCAACGCGAAGAAAGUGGCAUUUGCUGAGGCAGGGGAAAGAAGUUGGUGCUCUACUAUGGAACUCUUCAGGCUGUUUAAGAUGCAGUUCAUUUGUCAUCUCUUCAUCUGCUAUGUGUUUCUAGUCAGUGGGCUCAUAGUCAACUUCUUGCAGUUAUGCACACUGCCAUUGUGGGCCAUUAACAAACAGCUGGCUCGCAAGGUCAACUGUAGACUGGCAUACUGUAUCAGCAGCCAGAUGGUGGCACUCCUGGAAUGGUGGUCUGGGACAGAAUGUACACUGUACACUGAUCCUGAAUCCUACCCCUUCUAUGGCAAAGAAAAUGCCAUUGUAAUCCUCAACCAUAACUUUGAGAUUGAUUUUCUGUGUGGUUGGACCUUCUGCGAAAGGUUUGGUGUGUUAGGGAGCUCAAAGGUCCUGGCAAAGAAGGAACUUGCAUUUGUUCCUGUAAUUGGCUGGAUGUGGUACUUUCUGGAGAUCGUCUUCUGUAAGAGGAAAUGGGAAGAAGAUCAGAAAACAGUUGUGCAGAGCCUUCAACGCCUUAAGGAUUAUCCAGAGAACUUCUGGUUCCUUCUAUACUGUGAAGGCACUCGCUUCACUCAGAAGAAACACAAGAUUAGUAUGGAAGUGGCAGAGAAAAAAGGACUUCCCAAACUCAAGUACCAUCUCUUGCCUCGCACAAAGGGUUUCUGUGUUACUGUUCAGCACCUAAGGGGAACAGUUACUGCUGUGUACGAUUCUACACUUAAUUUCAGAAACAAUCAAAUCCCGACUUUACUAGGAAUACUAAAUGGGAAAAAGUACCAUGCUGAUUUAUAUGUGAGGCGGCUUCCACUGGACUCAAUCCCAGAAAAUGAAGCUGAAUGUGCCAUGUGGCUCCACAAACUUUACCAGGAAAAGGAUGAGUUGCAGGAAAAAUACAGUCUGACUGGUUGUUUCCCUGGCCCCACACUGACUCCCCCCUGUCGCCCCUGGGCCUUGCUCAAUUGGUUGUUUUGGAUCUUGCUUCUACUCUUUCCCCUCUGUUUAUUAUUGCUGCGGUUGUUCCAGUCUGGGUCAACUUUCAUCAUUUUCACUACAGUUGUCCUGUGCUUUGCAGAAGGUGAUCAAGUGGUUUGGGGCAUCACUUGGUGUUCGCUGGAUGAUAGGCCAGACAGAGAUAAAUAAGGGCUCAAGCUAUGGAAACAAAGGUGGUCAACUAAAUAACAAUGCCUAAAGGAGCAAAGCCAACGUGGACAGAAAAACAUAUCAGCAGCACGUAUCCCAGAGAUCAAGAGCGGGCAAAAGCAGUGUUCAGCAAAUCAAGCGGGUAACAACCAAAUGGACUAAGACAGUUAUGGAAGUGUGAAUCUUAAUCAUAUGGAAAACAGAAUGCAUCAUAAUUUGAAAACACAGACAUUAAUGUAUGCGGUAAUGCUGCCAAACAGUUUUGAAAUUGUGACUUUCAUUUAUGUUCAGAAUGUUUUUUUUAAUGAUGCAGUAGUCCAUUCAUUAAAAACUGACCUGUUUAUUAA